AUGGCGACCGUGGCGGCGGCCGGGAGGAAGAGGAGCCCUCGGGGCCGCAAGCCCCUCGCGGCGGUGCUCGACAACGACGUCAACAUCUCUGCCGGGAAGGCCGACGCCGCCGCUGCCCUCCUCUCGCCGCCGCAGAAGGCGAAGCGGGCGAGUUCCAGGAGGGGCAAGCUGGCAGCGGCGGCGGUGCAGGCCGACGAGCCGGUGGGGACGUCUCCCGCCCAGGCGCUUGACAUCGACGCCACCGAGGUGUCCGCUGGGAAAGUUGAACCCGCGCCCGGCUCGACGCAGAAGGCGAAGAGGGCCCCGUCCAAGGGCGGCAGGGCAAAGGCGGCGGCGGCACCGUCGAUGGCCGACGAGCUGACGGAGCUGCAGGGCAUGAUGGAGAAGCUGCGGCUGGAGAAGGAGAAGGCGGAGGAGAUGGUCCGGGAGCGGGACGAGGUGAUCCGGAAGAAGGAGGAGGAGAUCGAGACCAAGGGCAAGCAGCAGGAGCGCCUCCAGGCGGAACUCAAGAAGAUGCAGCGCAUCAAGGAGUUCAAGCCCACCAUGAACUUCCCUAUGGUCCAGUCUCUGCUCGACAAGGACCAGGAAGGGGAUGACAAGGGCAAGAAGAAGAAGAAUAAGGGGAAGGGCAAGGCUGGAAACGAGAGGAAGAAGCCAGCACCGGCAUAUGUCCUGUGGUGCAAAGACCAGUGGGCCGAGAUCAAGAAGGAGAGCUCGGAUGCAGACUUCAAGGAGGUGGGGAACGCUCUUGGCGCCAAAUGGAAGACCCUCACUGCUGAGGAGAAGCAGCCGUACGAGGAGAGGUACCGGCAGGAGAAGGAGGCGUACCUGCAGGUGGUUGGUCAAGAGAAGCGCGAAGCCGAGGCGAUGAAGCUGCUCGAGGAGGAGCAGAUGCGGUGGACUGCCAAGGAGCUGCUCGAGCAGUACCUCAAGUUCAGGCAGGAGGCCGAGGAGGGCGACAGCAAGAAGAAUGGCAAGAAGAAGAGCAAGAAGGAGAAGGACCCCUCCAGGCCCAAGCAGCCCAUGUCGGCUUACUUCCUCUACUCGCAGGAGAGGCGUGCUGCGCUGGUCGCCGAGAAGAAGAAUGUGCCCGAGAUUGGUAAGAUCACUGGAGGGGAGUGGAAGAGCAUGACGGAGGCUCAGAAGGCUCCCUACGAGGAGGUAGCCAGGAAGCAGAAGGAAGAGUAUCAGAAGCAGAUGGAGGUGUACAAGCAGAAUAAGCUUCAGGAAAGUGAGAGCUUGGAGAAGGAAGAGGAUGAGCAGAAGAAGAUCCUCAAACAUGAGGCUCUGCAGCUUCUCAAGAAGAAGGAGAAGGCAGACAACAUAAUCAAGAAAACCAAGGAAAAGCGUCUGAAGAAGAAGCAGGAGAACGCGGACCCGAACAGGCCCAAGAAGCCUGCCUCUUCCUUCCUACUCUUCAGCAAGGAGGCGAGGAAGCAGCUAACGGAGGAGCGCCCUGGUGUAAACAACUCCACGCUUAACGCGCUCAUCUCGGUGAAGUGGAAGGAGCUGAGUGGCACGGAGAAGAAGGCAUGGACGGAUAAGGCGGCCCUAGGGAUGGCAGCAUACAAGACAGAGCUGGAGGAGUACACCAAAGCUCACAGCUCCUCCCCCUCCUCCUCACCUUGAUUGCUUAGGUUGCUGCUUUGUGUUAGUGCCGUGUGGUUCAACAGUGGCUUCAGUUGAACUACGAACUUGAAGGUUUCUCGUCUCUGAAUCCUGAAAGGAAUAGGUGGUAUCUAGUGAGCUUAUUUUUUCUA